UACGGCCAAUAUCAGGCGCUGAUGGACGAUGACAGCAAGUCCGAGUCGGAUGUUGCCUCGGUCGCCAAUGGUGACACUGGAGACGAAGAUCAGGACAUGGGACCAGACGACGCUGGUUAUGCGUUCCCGGACGAGGAGGUCCUUACGGACCAGGAUGUGGUGAUGGUCGCGGAGGAAGGCGAGGAGCAUGCUUUGACCGAAAAGACGACUCCACCGGACACGUCUGCAGCCGAGCAACAGCGGAGUGCACAGCGCGCCAGUCGCCGCCAGCGAGCCGUGGCAGAUGCAGUAGAACGCACGGAGUACGUUGAGCUGGCUGCCUCACGUAUCUCCUCGACGGCCUCCCCAGUAUCGAGCUAUCUUGGUUCAUCGGCCCCAUCCCAAAGUCCACCUCCUGCGCCUACACCAGGUUCGGAGGCUCCUUACUCUAUCGUAUCCAGCGCAUCGGAUUUGCCUUCGGACGAGCUUGCUCAGCGGGUGCCUGGGGGAAGGAAAGCCAAGCGUCCGAUGCGAGCCAGGCGUCGGACACCAGUGUUGUCUACGAGAAAACCGUUCCCCCCCCCCCCCCCCCGCACGAACCCAACACAGGUCAAUUACUGGCUGUCCUGGUUUCAAGGCAGGGAGGUCAACGUUCCUGCUAACGGGCAGUGUGCGAUUCUUGCUCUAUACGCGACGGUAUCGAACCAAGAGCAUGGCAGUUUACCACUUACCCCGGAAGUAAUUGCUGACGCCACCUUUCACAAGCGGGCGAUCUAUGCGCUGAUGGUGGAAAACUUGCAGGCUGACUGCAAGUUGGGGAUCCUGGACCCUUUUACGGAACUCGACCGCCUGAACCCGGGCUGCGAGCACCCCAAGACUAAGGAAGCGGCGAUCGCGAUUGUGUGCACCUAUCUUCUUCAUGAACGUCUCCGGUCGGUCGAUACCCGAGUUCCCAGCACGAACUGGGUCAACCCUCAUGUGCUGAGGACCUAUGCUCAGUACCUCCGGCAGCCAUUGAUGGCCAUGGACGUCGAUGUCCACGGUGACGGACAUGUACAAAUCUACACUUACCAGGAAUAUGAAUUGGAGACACCGGGCAGCUCUGAACCUCUGAUCCACGAGACAGGGAGCUACACGGCGCUGGAAGAUCACGACGCUACGGCAUAUCUGCGCAUGUGUCGGAGGCUUCAUGUCCUCCCCAUGAUCUUGCUGCUCCGGACGCACGAAAGUCAUUUCUAUGGAGUUCAUCAUGGAGAGCUCUUCCUGAAAUGGCAAGCGGAAGGCGAUCCAGCUUUGCGGCCGAGGUCGCGCAUCCAUUUGAGUGGCGUGACGGCCUCCUCACCAGGCCUGCUGACGUGGUGGUGA